CUGUGGCAGCAGAUAAAUUUCGAAUUACAUCUUAGUUUCGCUGCGCACUUGAAAACUGCCAGACAUUAGUCUAGAAGCAACUCUCAUCUCGUCUGGUGGCAAUGGAUAACAAAAGCUCGGUGGCAAGUCGCCUAAAGUUGAAGUCAACGCAAAUUUUCAUUGUGGCCGGAACGGUGUUGAUGGCCAUGGUGAUUUCGCUGAUUUGCAUUGGUCUGACGGUACGCUAUGAAGUCGAUACAGAUACAGUGGAUGCGGGGAGUAUUGGAUAUUGGACCAUGAAUUUGCCACCGGAACAGGAGGAAUGGUUUACCAAGGGUUUGGAAGAUUUGCGUUUAACUUCCAAGGGGACUCAACGCUACAAUGGGGAAGUGAAAAAUGUCAUUGUGUUUUUGGCGGAUGGUGUGACCACAGAUAUGUUGGCCCGAGCGAGGUUUGGAGAUGAGGGGAAUGUAACGGAUUUUAUAUGGGAUUCAUUUCCCCAUUUGGGUGUACUCAAGAGCAGUUGUGGCUAUACCGCCAAUUGUGAUCUACUCUCCAUGGGCACAGCCCUCUUUGGAGGAGUGAAAACUCGCAUGGGCUUAGGUGGUCUGGAUAGGCGGGCAGAAUCACAAAAUUGUAGCCAAGCUUCAAUGGCCACAUAUCGUGUACAAAGCAUCCUGGAACAGGCCCAGGCCUCGAAGCUUCGAACAGGUUUCAUAAGUACCAAACGUGUUACCUCACCUCCCCUGUCGGCCCUCUACGCCCACACCACAGACACCAAAUGGGAAUGUGAUUCGGCAAUGCCCAAGGAAAAACGUCUAUCCGCCGACUGUCUCGAUGUGGCCGAACAAUUGAUGACCGGUGAAACGGGACAAAAACUCAAUGUCAUUAUGGGUGGGGGUAAGCAGACGCUUGUGUCACGCUUACCAACCGAUACCGAUGUUGAUGUGAAUGCCUGUGAUUCUAAAGAUAAACGUAACCUACUGCAAGAUUGGAAAUCCAUAAAAUUGGAAGAGGAUGCAAGAUUUAAAUUGUUGGAAAGCUCCAAGGAUCUGUUGAAAUUUAAUGGUACCUCGCGAGACUAUGUUUUGGGUAUCUUUGCCAAUGGCAAUGUGGUGGAGAAAAAUCCUGGUUUCCGGCAAAUGGUUUCCAAGUCGUUGAAUGUUUUGCUACGACCCAAUGUGGGUUAUGUUUUUGUCGCCGAGACACAUGUAGUGGGGGAUGGGGUGAGCGAUUUUCGCGAGACAUUGCUGGAAUUUAAUCAGACUAUAGCGGAUACAUUGGAGAAUUCAAGAUUUUCUCCCGCUUCCACCCUGGUGCUUGUUGCCUUUAUGGACUUUACACAAUCGUCCAGCGAUAGAAUCUCUUCAGAGGACAUUUUACUGUUUGCCAAGGGCCCCAACUCUCAUCUCUUUCACAGUAUACACGACGAAACCUAUAUGGCUCAUGUCAUAUCAUAUUCCCUGCAAAUGGGACCAUUUCGGCCAAAGAAAUCGAAGAAAAAGACGUAGAAACAAUACUUAACAAUUUAAAUUGAAAUUUAUUUAUUUAAUUGAAAAUCUCUUUAAUUUCUGAAAUAUAUUUGGCUAACAAUAAUAAUA